CCUGUGUGCUCACUCUCUCCAGCUUUUCAAAGACUUCGCGUAGCCAUGCAACCAUGCAAAUCGUUUUUUCUAAUUUUAAAGUUUCUCGUGUUAUUGGUGACAAAUAUCGAAGGAAUCGACGUUUUCUGUGGUCAACUAGAGAUUUUCAAUGAGCAACGGUUUGGACAGGGUGCGAUUACGGUAUCCUCCCAAACGACGACUGACAUGAAACAGUGUCUGGAUGUUUGUUGCUCAAUACCCAAUUGCGACGGAGUAACAUUCGAAGGAAUAACCUCCACAGAUUUCGACGAUUCCAACUGUCUCCUGGUAUCCUGUGAGCCCGAAUGUCAAUUCAAUGGUCCUUCAACUCAACAUUCAUCAGGCGUUCUUUCAGUACUUAUUCACCGUAUUAGGAACGAAACAACAACGCCACCAACCCCAUCAACAACAAAAUCCUCGUACAUCCCAGAAAUCCGGGCGGCACUAACACCCUUCUGGGUCCUGGCUGUCGCAAUCGGAGUCGCUGCAAUUUGUGUCGGCCUAAAUGUGACCCUGUGUGUCGCGUACUGUUGUUACUGUAGACGAAAGAAACGAAGUCAAAAAGCACAUAUAUCCACUGUAAAGGGUGGACCCACAUUGCAUGCUUUUAAUCCUCAAGUUUGAUUUUAGAUAGUUUUUUUUUGUUGAUGAGAAGUUAGCUGUGUGAGAUUUGGAAAUUUAUGGCAAAUUUAUAAGGGAAAACUGAAAAUUAUUCCUUAAAAACUUCCACUAUUUUGGAAAACAUUUGGGUCCAACUCAAGUAAAAUGUUUUUUUUGCAAAUUCUGGAAGUUGUUAGGCUUCAGUGAAUAACAACCUCGGUCUCAAUGCAUCACAUUUGACGCGCAAGCUCAACAUUUAAAAUUUGCCCAAAUUUGCCAUAACUUCUCACUUCUCACCUGCAUUUGUAUACACCAUAACUGAUGCGCAAGCCCCUCUAAUUAUAUAUUUCCGGUGCUCAAAAGCUCAUAAUUGUCUGUAAAUAGUCUCCAUAUGUUUCUGAACAUGCGGGUAACUUGUUCUAUUGUAUAUUUCCUUUUCCACUUACCUCAUCUCUUGCCAUUUCAAUUUUGAACUACGCACCUUUAAUAAAACAUUUUUAAAACUAA